GCGAGAGCUCAUUUCGUGCGAUAAAGUUGAUCAGGCACGAUCUCGCCGAACGCGAUUUAAAAUAAAUAUAAAUGUGUUUUCGUGCAGUGAAAAAGAGUGUGAAUAAAAUCAAUUGAACAGGAUAUGGUCAUUGAGUUUUCACGAAAUAAAAUUCCAUUUUAUUAGCGAAAAAAACCACUGAGAGGCAUAAGCGACAGUGAAAUUUUUAGUUAUUUCUAUAAUUAUAAUAAGGAAAAGAAAAAUUUCAAGUGUCACACAAUGAAAAUUGUUCAAGCGUUUUUUUUGGUGUUGCUGAUGUGUUGUGGGUUCCGUUUGUCUCAAGGUCAAUUAUUGUCGUCGUUGAUGGAUUUUCUGUAUCGUGGCCAGCGAAAUGCAGCAAUUGAAGAUCUGGAUGAGACUAAGGACGGCACAAGAGCCACUUUUGACUUUAUCGUGGUUGGAGGUGGGUCAGCCGGAUGUGCAAUUGCCGGCCGACUUUCAGAGAAUCCAAACUGGAAAGUCUUGUUACUGGAAGCUGGCGGUCAAGAGAGUCUAUUGAUGGACAUUCCGCUUUUAGUGAAUUUUUUACAAUUGAAUAACCAAGUGAAUUGGGGCUAUAAGACACAGAGCAGCAAUUCAUCGUGUUUAGCAAUGAAAAAUAAUCGUUGCCAUUGGCCAAGAGGCCGUGUUAUGGGUGGAUCCUCAGUCUUGAAUUACAUGAUUUACACCAGAGGAAAUCGUCGCGACUAUGAUAACUGGGCUGCCAUGGGAAAUACCGGAUGGAGUUAUAACGAAGUGCUGCCAUAUUUUAUGAAAUUGGAAAAGAAUGUCGUGAAAACUAGUGCAUCUUAUAUACGUGGCAAAAGCGGACCAAUUACAGUGUCUGAAGUGCCGUGGAAAUCCAAAUCGGCCAAACAUUUUGUGACGGCUGCCAAAGAACUCGGCAUACCGUAUGUGGAUUACAAUGGACCAUCACAAGUCGGUGUGGCAUAUUUACAAACAUCAACCAAAAAUGGUGUACGUGUCAGUUCAAAUGUUGGCUAUUUGUAUCCGAAUAAAAAUCGCAAAAAUCUGUUUAUCCGAAAAAUGAGCCAAGUCACGCGAAUUUUGAUCGAUCCAAGCACAAAAGCUGCGUACGGUGUGGAAUAUAGCAAAAAUGGAAUAAGACGUGAAGUGUACGCGAGUAAGGAAGUGAUAUUGAGUGCAGGUGCUAUCAACAGUCCACAAUUGCUAAUGCUCUCGGGUGUAGGUCCAUCGCAACAUUUGCAACGCAUGAAUAUUGCACCGUUAGUCGAUUUGCCUGUCGGUGAAAAUCUAAUGGAUCACACGGCUGCGGGUGCGUUGACGGUAAGAGUGAAUGUGAGCACCCUUGGACCGAAUGUGUUGGGUGUUCAAGACUUUGUCGAUUUCCAAAACGGCAAAGGUAAACUAACGUCAACUGGUGGCUGUGAAUCCCUAGUGUUCUUAGACUUAGAAAAUCAACGCGAUUUAGACGCUUGGCCGGACAUGGAACUAUUACAAAUCGGCGGCUCGAUUUAUUCGUUCGACGUGCUUCGCGACAACUUUAAUUUCCGUGACGAGCUGAUCAAUCAAAUGUUUGGCAAACUAAUUGCGCGUCAGGCGAACGCUUUUAUGGUAUUCCCAAUGGUUUUGAGACCUAAGAGUCGCGGAAAAAUUUUGCUGAAAAAUAACAAUCCAUUCGCUUAUCCACGAAUCUACGCCAAUUAUUUCACUGAUCCAGAAGGCUAUGAUAUACGUGUCUCAGUAAAUGGCAUUAAAAAACUAAUUGAAAUGCUUCAAACGCCAUCGAUGCAAGCGAUAAAUGCGCGUUUACAUAAGGCACCAGUGCCAGCUUGUGAACAUCUUGGCUUUGGCACCGACGAAUAUUGGGCAUGUUACACGCGACAUUUCACAUUUACCAUUUAUCAUUAUUCGGGCACAUGCAAAAUGGGACCGUCCAACGAUCCAACGGCUGUUGUUGAUCCACGCUUGCGAGUGUAUGGAGUCAGCAAUUUGAGAGUCGUGGACGCAAGUAUUAUGCCAGCGAUCGUCGCUGGGCAUCCAAAUGCUCCUGUCUAUAUGAUUGCGGAGAAAGCAGCCGAUAUGAUAAAAGAGGACUGGAAUAACUAUGUGUGAACAUAGAACAAUGUUUAACAUCUAAGUCUAUGCUAUAAGAAUUGAGCGAACGGUAAGCGAGUCAUACUCGUCAAGAUUCACAUAGCGAUUUAAGUCAAGCCAAACAUUGUUUUCCUAGUUGAACUGUUCGUAUUAAGAUACAAAUGCAUUUAAAUGGUCUCGUGAAUAACGCACGGUAUUUCUUUUAUCUAGAAAUGAAUAACAAUGGUAGUCGUAAAAUUUCCUUCAUACUACGGUAGUGUGAGCAAAGCAAAGAUUUUAAAUUAUUUGAAAUAUGCAUAACGCUUAGGCAGUAAUUGGUGCCGUUUCUGAUUCUAGCACAAUCAGGACAUAGAAUGCAUAAAGGAGAUUUAGUCACUCUCCAUCUUAGGUAGUAUUCAAAAUGUUAUUUCAAUUGUAAUGAUCUACUAUUGGGAUAAGUGAAUUUAGAAAAAGACUUGGUUUUUUGAGUAUUAAAACCAAAAAAACGCAAUAAAACAAUUAAAUGAGUAAUUAUGAACAUU